AUGGGAGAGAUAGAAGGAACCUACAGAGUUCUGCAGACGCCUGGCUCUCGUUUGGGUGCCCAGAAGAGCUCAGGAGUGAGUACCUUGGAGCCAGGGCAGAACCUCCUGACUGCCAUGGCAUCAUCGCCCGCCAAGGCGCACGAGCGCGACCUCCCCGUCAAAAUCAAGAUGUUGGACAACACAGUGGAAGUUCUUGACAUUGAGUCAAAAUGUUACGGCCAGACAUUAUUGACAGAAGUUUACAAGCAUCUGAAUUUGAUUGAAUCAGAUUACUUUGGAAUUGAGUUCCAGAAUAUCCAGUCAUAUUGGAUUUGGCUGGAACCUAUGAAACCUGUUAUUAAACAAGUACGGAGACCAAAGACUACAAUGCUUCGUCUGGCUGUAAAGUUUUUCCCUCCUGACCCUGGUCAGCUGCAAGAGGAAUAUACUAGGUACCUGUUUGCCUUGCAAAUCAAGAGGGACCUGGCAGAGGAGAGGCUGACCUGCAGUGACAACACAGCUGCUCUGCUGGUGUCCCACCUGCUGCAGUCUGAAAUAGGAGAUUUUGAUGAAUCAGAAGAUCGAGAACACCUUAAAACAAACCAAUAUUUGCCAAAUCAGGAAAAACUUGAAGGAAAGAUCCUGGACUUCCACAGGAAGCAUGUGGGUCAAACUCCUGCUGAAUCUGACUUUCAAGUGCUUGAAAUUGCCAGGAAACUGGAGAUGUAUGGCAUCAGAUUCCACCUUGCCUCUGACCGUGAGGGCACCAAAAUCAACCUGGCAGUCUCACACAUGGGUGUGCUGGUGUUCCAGGGCAACACAAAAAUCAAUACCUUCAACUGGUCCAAGGUCCGUAAGCUGAGCUUCAAGAGGAAAAGAUUCCUUAUUAAGCUCCACCCAGAGGUCUGUGGCCCAUAUCAAGAUACAUUGGAGUUUCUUUUGGGAAGUAGGGAUGAGUGUAAAAACUUCUGGAAAAUCUGUGUUGAGUAUCACACAUUCUUUAGGCUCUUCGACCAGCCAAAGCCAAAGGCUAAAGCAGUGUUCUUCACCAGAGGCUCAUCUUUCAGAUACAGUGGGCGAACACAGAAGCAACUAGUGGAUUAUAUUAAGGACAGUGGGAUGAAGAGAACCCCAUAUGAAAGGAGGCACAGCAAGGUCAGAGCGUCCACUCGCACCUCGAACGCAGACGUGCCAAAGCAGAGUGCCCCAUUCACUGAGGGCUUGAGAACUCCAGGGUCUCCUGCCUCAACAGCUGCCCCCUUCCACUCGGUUCACUCCCUGGCCAGUCCCGCUUCCAUCCUGCCCAUGUUUGCUGAGCCCAGCCCUUCCUCCUUGGAGCCCCGAGCAUCGUACACAAGGAUUCCAGACAAAACCACUGCAGCACCAGUGGAAGAAGUGGGGAGGAAGCUGAUGCAGCAGCCUGGAUCUCCCGUGCUCCAAGGUUUUUUAGGCCUCCCUGUGGACCAUGGCCAGCUGUCCUCCCUUGUGCUGAAGAGUCCCCUGGGUUUGAGCCCAGGCUUUCAGGUGACUGCAGCCACCCAGGGCUCGUCCCCUCUGCUCAGCCCUGUGCUCAGUGAUGCUGGUGGGGCCAGGAUAGAAGAGGAUGAUGAAAUGAAAAGGAAGCGCUGCCCCACUGACAAGGCCUACUUCAUAGCAAAGGAGAUCCUCGCCACAGAACGCACCUAUUUAAAGGACCUGGAGGUCAUUACAGUGUGGUUCCGCAGUGCUGUGAUCAAGGAGAACGCCAUGCCCGAGGGCCUGAUGACCCUGCUCUUCUCCAACAUAGACCCCAUCUAUGAGUUCCACAGAGGCUUUCUGAAGGAGAUUGAACAGAGGCUCUCCCUCUGGGAAGGCAGAAGCAAUGCCCACGUGAAGGGGGAUUUCCAGCGCAUCGGGGAUGUCAUGCUCAGGAACAUGCACGCUCUCAAGGAGUUCACCGGUUACCUGCAGAAACACGACGAGGUCCUGACGGAACUGGAGAAAGCAACCAAACGCCUCAAGAAGCUGGAGAUGGUUUAUAAGGAGUUUGAGCUGCAGAAGGUUUGCUACCUGCCCCUCAACACCUUUCUGCUCAAACCCAUCCAGAGACUGAUGCACUACAAGCUGAUCCUGGGGAGGCUGUGCAAGCACUACACAGCAGAGCACCGGGACUUCGCCGACUGCCGCAAUGCCCUGAAGGAAGUCACAGAAAUGACCUCACAGCUGCAGCACAGCCUCAUCCGCCUGGAAAACUUCCAGAAGCUUACAGAGCUGCAGCAUGACCUGAUUGGGGUAGACAAUCUCACAGCACCUGGCAGGGAGUUUAUCCGGGAAGGUUGCUUGUACAAGCUCACUAAGAAGGGCUUACAGCAGAGGAUGUUCUUUCUGUUCUCAGAUAUGUUACUGUACACAAGCAAAGGGGUCACAGGGACAAAUCAGUUCAAAAUCCACGGACACCUCUCUCUGCAUGGCAUGUUGGUGGAGGAGAGUGAGAAUGAAUGGUCUGUCCCACACUGCUUCACAAUCUAUUCUGCACAGAAAACCAUAGUAGUGGCAGCCAGCACCCGCCUGGAGAUGGGCAAGUGGAUGGAAGAUCUGAAUGUGGCCAUUGAGAUGGCCAAGAAAUCCACAGAGAAAUCGGAGAUGCUUCUGGAAAACUCCGUCUGCAACCGCUCCAACAGAUCCUCUGAUGAGGUGUCAGUAGAGCAGGAGUCAGAAGAUGACAUUCACUCCUCCCGUAGCUCCCUGGACAGGCAGAGCCAGCCCCGUGCCAACACCACGGUGCACGUGUGCUGGUACCGCAGCACCAGCGUCUCCAUGGCCGACCACAGCGCGGCCGUCGAGAAUCAGCUCUCUGGGUAUUUGCUGAGGAAGUUCAAGAACAGCAAUGGCUGGCAGAAACUGUGGGUUGUCUUCACCAACUUCUGCUUGUUCUUCUACAAGACACACCAGGAUGAUUAUCCCCUGGCCAGCCUCCCCCUGCUGGGCUACACGGUCAGCAGCCCUGUGGAGGCAGAUGGCAUUCACAAGGAUUAUGUCUUCAAGCUGCAGUUCAAGUCCCACGUCUAUUUCUUCAGGGCUGAGAGCAAAUACACCUUUGAGAGGUGGAUGGAGGUGAUCAAAAGAGCCACCAGCUCUCCAGCCAGGUCGAGCCUGCUGCUGCCCAAGGAGAGGGACACUCACACAGAGUGAUGCAGGGCAGAGCUGGAUCUCUGCUGGCAACACCAACAACCAGGCAGGAACAGGAGGCUCUGGAGCUGGCAAAGCAAAGAGCCAGGAGGCUCCUUCCCCCCAGAAUGGCAGGUGGGGCUGCAGCCAGGGAUCACAUCCAUUCCCAAGGGUGUGGGAGAGGGUCAGUCUGUUCCAGCUGGACCUGCUCAGAGAGCCCAACAAGAGCAGUGCUGGCUGCACUAUCAUGGAGGGGUUCUUGUUCCAUGUACCUGUACAGUGACACCUUCACCUGCCCUCAAGGCUGGCCCCACCUUCUUUUACAUCUUGACUGGAUGAUCAGCACCAAUGGGGGAAACCCAGCAGCC